UGGUAACUAUGGCUUGAAUAAUGUUGAUUUGUUUGGUUAAGUUAAUUGUUGUUGGUUUUUAUUUCAAUUGUAAUGAAUAUUAAUAGAUAAUUAAAGGUGUUAGAUUAAUGAUUAAAGGUGAUGGCAUCUUCUCAAGAUGCUUGGUAUCUGUCGCUGCUCGGUCUAGCUGAGCAUUUUCGCACAUCGAGCCCGCCAGCAAUAAAAUUUUGUAUACAAUGUUUACAAGCUGUGUUCACAUUCAAACCCCCGCAGAGGGUCGAGGCCAGAACCCAUUUGCAGUUAGGAAAUAUCCUCUUAACACACACGAAAAACACAGAUCUGGCCCGAACGCAUUUGGAGCAGGCAUGGAUGUUAUCACAGAUGAUCAACGCUUUUGACGAUGUGAAAUUCGAAGCUGCCAGUGUAUUGGCUGAAAUGUAUGAGCAACAGAAGCAGUUGAACUUAUCCAAACCCAUUCUAAGGAAAGCUAUUGAAUUGUCUCAACAUAAUGUAUAUUGGCACUGUCGGCUCAUUUUCCAAUUGGCACAAAUUCAUGCCACUGAAAAGGAUUACCAAUUAGCAAGCAGCUUGCUGAGUGUUGGAGUGGACUAUGCACACAUCUCCAAUGCAUACUAUACAAGAGUUCUCUUUUUAUUGAGCAAAGGAAUGCUACUUUUAAUUGAUAAAAGGGUACCUGAUGUUCAGCCUGUAUUAAGUCAAGCUGGUUUACUAAUUGAGCAGUGGGGUGGUGGAAUGUACCAAAAGGAAUAUUUGAAAGUGUAUUUCUUAGUUUUACAAGUUUGCCAUUAUCUGAUGGCAGGACAAGUGAAAAGUGUGAAACCAUGCUUGAAGCAACUGCAGCAAAGUAUACAGACCAUAAUGGCAACAGAUGAACCAACUGGUCAGGCACCUGGAGAUAUGUUUCUUUGGUUACCAAAGGAACAUCUGUAUGUCUUGGUAUACCUGGUUACUGUGAUGCACAGUAUGCAAGCUGGCUACAUGGACAAGGCGCAGAAGUAUACAGAUAAAGCUUUAAUGCAAAUAGAGAAAUUAAAAAUUGUAGAUAACAAAUCGAUAUUGUCAGUAUUCCAAUUGAUGUUACUGGAGAACAUAAUAAUGUGCCGUUUAGUUAUGGGAAACAAGACACAGGCGCUGCAAGAGAUCUCUUCGGCUACCGCCAUAUGCAAACAAAGUCAAAGAUUGUUGAAGACUCACGGACCUCAGCUGCAUACGCUCUUAGGAUUGUAUUCGAUGAGCAUGAACUGCAUGGAAGCGGCCGAAGCCCAAUUCACUGCUUGUCUAAUGGCUUCAAGUGAAAAAGAGCUGUGUACGUUUGCGAACUUAAAUUUAGCGAUAGUUUAUUUACGUGGGAAGAGGGAGGUGGAAUUCAACGCGAUUUUGGAGCGCAUCAAUCCGGAGACUCUGCAAACGCAUUCACAUAGCCUGAGAGCCGCUGCAUAUUAUGUUCAGGGAUUGCAAGCUUUCUUCCAGGGCCGUUACAAUGAAGCCAAGCGAUACCUGCGGGAAACUUUGAAAAUGGCUAACGCGGAGGACCUAAAUAGAUUAACCUCGUGCUCCCUGGUAUUAUUGGGUCAUAUAUUUUUAUCACUUGGCAAUAGCAGAGAGAGCAUGAACAUGGUUACACCGGCGAUGCAAUUGGCUAGUAAAAUACCAGAUGUGCAUGUGCAAUUGUGGGCAUCCGCAAUACUGAAAGAUUUAUACCGAUUAUGCGGAGAUCCGUCCCGAGAAUCUGACGCCUUUCAGAGGCACUUGAAUUUCUCCCAGAUGCUCCUGAACGACCACUUCCAAGCAUCUCAAAUGACUGAACAUAAUUUAAUUCAUUGGACGAACGGCCCUUUGCCGGACUCUCAACCUAGCGUGGCUAGUACUUCGACGGAUAUGAUGUAAUAUUCAAAAUCAUUUAUUUGCUCGUUUAUGUAACGGCCCUUUUGCCAGACGCCCAACCCAGCAUAGAACUCUGAUGGUUAUAAUGUAAUAAAUUGCAGCUAAAUCAUCCUUUGCUACUCCCCCCGACCCCCUUCUCCCUCAUACGGCUGGCGGCCAUUUGUCCCAAGAAGAAGAAUGUAAUAAAUCAAAAUUAUUUAUUUGCUCGUUUAUGUACAUAAUAUAUAUUUUCUUAAAGAAUG